UCAGACGUUUUGAGACACAAAUAAAAAAAUAUAUGGCAGACGUAGCAGAGCAAGUUACAGAACACUACAGUAAGCUUCACAUUAAUUUACAAAUGGAACAACAGGCAGUAAUGAAACAAUUCAAUGAAUUCUGGGAAGUUCCACAUGAUGGUCUUGUAAAUAUGAAGAAUAAUUUAAAGAAUUCUAAAACUGCAACAAACUUUAUGCGAACUAACUUGGAAUUUCUGUGUAAAAAUACACCCAGUGAUCGAUCUAUAGAUGGUCUUUUGAAAAAGUAUUCAACUUACUUAGAAACACUACCUUGUAAAGCUCAAAAUAUGAAAUUUGAGAAUAAUCCAAUAACGUUUGAACCUGCGUUCACAAACGCAAUAGAUUUUGGUUCUACUUGUAGUAUUGCUGUUAAAAAACCAACAACAGAAUUUGCAAUGGGUUCACUAUAUUCUUAUAAUUUUGAAAUUUUGGAUUUUGAUAUAAAUUAUCCAACUCAAUCGGAGUUAUCUCUAAGUAGUUUGGAUAAAAUGAAUAUAGUGAAAUCCAGUAAGAUUUUAAAAAAAAAACGCACUCCAGUUAAAGAAAAAAUCCCAAGUUAUACAAUUUUGAAAAAAAAAACAUUUGAUUCAAAUGAAACAAUAGAAAACUUUCAUGAAAUUUUAUCAUUACCCUCAGCUGAUAAUCCAAUGGGUUGUGUAACAUUUAUCAAAUCACCAGCUAUGUUUUACAUUCAACUGAAGGAGCAUAAACCACUUAUACAGCAAAUUUCCAAUGCUUAUAAAUCUCAUUCAGUGGACUUAAGCAUAAAUAAUGAAUUUAAUGAUAUUAAUACUGAUGUUGAGGUGGACAGUGAAAUUGAGACAGCGAUUGAGUUUGAGAUUGAGAUAGAUAAACUUUAUAUAAUACAUUAUACUGAUUCUGAAUACUAUCGGGGUCUUGUAAAAAAUGUUUGCAUAAAUCGUGUGUAUAAUGUUUACUUGGUCGAUUUGGGGUUAACUGUAGAUGUUGAAGUUAAAUCUUUUAGGACCAUCAAACAAGAACAUAUAAAUAUUCCAUAUGUCGCUAUAUGUUGUUCUAUGUAUAACUUAGUACCUAAGCAAGGAACUGAAUGGGAUAAAGAUGCCACAAUGCUUUUUACACAAUUGACAAGUAAUGAAGUUAUUGUUGAACUUAAUAAAAAUCAGUCAAAAAUAACAACUGGAGAGUGGAGUGUUAAUAUUAUUGCACUUUACCAAGAUAAUUCUUAUAGCAUGAGAGAUGUUUUACUCUAUACAGGUUUUGCUAUGGAAGUAUCUGAAAAUGGUACUACCAACCAUUUGGCGUUUGCGCGACAAGAACAUUGUUUUCAAAAGCGCAUGCUACUGAAUAAUCAAUUUGUAGUAUGCCGCAUCUGUUCGAUAGAAAAUCCCCUAGAAUUUUAUGCAAUGCAAGAAGACUUGAUAAAGGAAAAAAAUGACUUAAAUAAAAGUUUAAAUGAACUCUACUCAGAGGAGGAAGUACUGAAAACGGUUUUUGUAGGAUAUAUACAUAUGUGUUGCGCUACGCAAGUUGAUGGAGUUUGGUAUCGUGCCCGUAUUGUGCGCAUAUUCGCAGGGGGUGUAAUAGAUAUAUUCUUAGUAGAUGAAGGCAAAACGAUAACAACAAAAUGGAAUCAGUUAUAUGAAUUGUUGAAAGAAUUUGUUAAAAUAAAAGAAUUUAUAUUUCAAUGUGAACUUCUGGGCGUUAAACCUUCUCAAAAGCAUAAUUAUCAAUGGACCAAUGAGGCAUUAACAGAAUUUAAGCACCUUGUACAAAACCCGCGAGUUGUUAUUUACAUAAACACCAAAAAUAGUUUAAAUGUAUAUAAAGUUAAUUUAAAUGUAACAAAAACGAGUGGCGAUAUAGAUGUUGCUGCUGAAUUAAUAAAAUCAGGGCUUUGCGAUCCUUCAGGAGAAUACUGCGAUAUUACAAAUUCCGGUACGAAAAAACAAUCUGAUAUGAUAAUUAAUUCUGAUAACAAUUUUCGAAUGGAAAUGAUUGAAACUCAAACACAAAUCAAAUACGAUGAACAAAACAAAAAUUCUAUUAUUCGUACACCAAUUGAAAUUGUUGAGAUCAUCAAUCCAUUUGAAUUUUAUGUAUACGUGAAACAAUUGCUUCCAGGUAUAAUAAAUUUUUUAUACAAACUUUCAAGUAUCGACUAUUUUCGACCACAAAAAGAUCUUAUUUGGAAAGAAAAUGAUCAUUGCAUUGUUAAGGCGAAUGUAUAUGUGGAGUGCGUUCAACAGUUAAUAGAUGAACAAUGUGAUCAGAAAGAUUACAAUUUCAUUUAUCAUCGUGGUAUAAUAAUGUUCUGUGAUACAGAACAUAGUAUUUACGAUAUUUUCCUGCGUGAUUACGGAAAGAUCAUAAGAAAUGUUGAAAAGUCAAAUAUUUAUAUUAUUCCAUUAGCUGAUGAUAAUGUUUCAGAUAGUGCUCAACGCUGUCAUUUAGCUGCUAUACAACCCAUUAAUGAAAGGAAAUCCUGGUCAAAAACUGCUAUUGACUUCUUCACAAGAGUUGUUACGAACCCUUCGAAUGAACUUUCAGCGACUUUGUAUGGCACUCCUGAUAAAAGCAAUAACUCAUUACCUAUAAUACUUUGGAUUACAUCGACUGAUAACAAUGACGCUUUAGCUCCUAAUCAGCAAAACCAUGCAAAACUAAAUAGCGCGCUUGUUAAGAUGGGACACGCUUGCUGUUUGAAAUGGGUCGAUUUCAAGGACAAUAUCUUGGGGACUGAAUGGGUGAUAGAUAAAAAAGACAUAAUUGAUGACUCAUUAAGAAAAAUAUUUAAAACAAUAGAAAAGCAAUCAACACCAGAUGAUAACUUUUUGAAUACUUAUGCGUCAGAACAUAAAAGUCCUAAAAGUCUUGAUUCCGAUAAUACAUAUGCGUCCAAUUUAAUUGAUUUAACUCCAACAAAGCCUACAAUGCUAUCACCGUAUUUUUGGCGUCAAAGAAAACUCAUUCAGGAGACAUAUUUUGAAGGAAAUCCUACCUAUAUUGACUACGAUGGAAUAAUAUACAUGCAUAAAUCAAUUGAUAAAACUCAAUUGCAUAGAAUGCGAUUGAAAUUAGAUAAAUAUUUUGCAAGGUAUUCGAAUGAAAUGAGUUUUCUGAUGACCGAUUUUGGGAUAAACCAAGCGUGCAUAGCUAAGUAUAGUGCUGAUAAUCACACAUAUCGUGCCAUUAUUACAGCGAUAAAUCAAAAUGAAUUUAAAGUAUUAUUUAUAGAUUACGGAAAUGAAGAAAUGGUUACAUUAAAAGACAUUUUACCCUUUGCACCAUAUGCAAAUAUACAGGCAUAUGCUGACACCUAUAAAUUGAUUGGUAUAGGGCCAAAGAAGGGUACCAAGUAUUCUGAAAGGGUGUUAGAUAUAAUACACAAACAAAUAGUUGGAAAAUCGGUCAUGGUGAGAGUUUCGCCAUCUGCAUUAACAAACAAAGGGAGGGACUACACAUGGUGCAGUAUAUGUGAUCAAGCAACAGAUUUAGCAUCAAUGCUCCUUAUUAACCGUUUGGUAGUUUUAGUGAAGGAAGAAAAUGAACCUUCAAAUAAGAUGGACACAGAAAUAUUACCAUUGAUGAGUGAUGAUCACAAUGAUGAUGAUGAUGACUGUUUAGUGAGAUGUUUAAGGGACAUCGAUGAUGUAUCUCCUAUUAAAGAAAUGAGCGAUCUUGAUGACGAAUACGGUAAUGCCACAUCUGAUUUUCUCAAUCAAAACAAUAAUUUUGACGACUUAGCACAAAAAUUUGCGACUAGCUUAGAUCUUUUAAAUACAAAUCAUGAGGAUGGUGAACCUACAAACGAACUUGAUUGUACAUUUCUAAACAACCCACCACCUCCAAAGAAACCCAUGUUUACAAGAAACGAAUAUAUGAAACUUAAAAGUGAUUUUGAUAGAAAUCAUAUAUUAGACGCUAAAAAUAUUAUAAAAAAAGCUACAAAUGCAGAGAGUACCUUGAUUUCAAAACAUCAUACUGAAGGCUUUUCAAAUAUGUGUAAAGAACAUUUAAGUAUCUCAUCUGAUAAUCUUGCGGAGGAUAAUGCUGAAAACAUGCCAAUAAAUACUACAAUAACAGCAAAUGAUUUAGAGAGAGACAUUUCACCUUUUGAGCGUUUUAGUCCAAGCAAAACGUCAACUGUUCGUACUCAUAGUAUGCUUAAUAUAUUUACAUUCCCAAAAUUGAAAAAAUUUCGUACAUCUUUCAAGUGCACAAUCAUUCAUAUCGUACAACCUGAUAUAUUAUAUGUAGUUCCUACUGCAACCGAAUAUGAGGACUUGUCCUUAGAGUUGGAUAGCCUGAUUAAUGCCAUAGCACCUAAGUUAAAUCCACUCCAAAAUUUUAAUAAUAAUACUCCAUGUUUGGUACAAUAUGCAAAAGAUAAUCGAUGGUAUCGUGCCGCCAUUAAGAACUAUAAUAAAAGAACGAAUAUCGCUACUGUAACUUACGCUGACUAUCUUUCUGUUGAAAAUGUGUCGGUAGAUAAACUAAAAGAAAUUUCGGAUCAAAUAAAAAAUCAUCCAUUACGCUUUUUUAAGGUACAUGUAGUUAAUGUUAAAAAAGCUAGAGCUUACUAUGAUCGGGAUGUAUGCGCAAAACUUUAUUGGAAAUUGAGAACGUAUACAUACAAAGCAAAUGUUAUAAAUAAUGACAUUGAGAAUAAUAUAAUUGACAUUGAACUAUAUGAUCUAAAGAACAACAACAUAUUUGAAAAGGCGCACAUUAAAGAAUUUUUAGAAUAAGAAAUAU